AUGGUCCUGGAACUCACUCUGCAGGUCAGGCUGGCCUCAGAUGUCCCUGGUCCCCUCUGUGUGCCCUCGGCGCUGGGAUCACAAGGGGGAGGGGACAGGACAGGGUUAGCCCUGCCGACGUGGCAGCUCACCUGCAGCCCAGGCCACACCCUCCACUGGGAGAGGGUUAAAGGGACAGCGGUCUUGGCUUGCUCUGCAGCCUGCGUUUCUCAGACAGGGGAAGUGAGGCCAGGAUUCUCAGACAGGAAUCUGUCUCCUGCUCCCUUUCCAAAGCCGGCUGAGGUGUGCCAGCACAGAGGACAGCCCCGCUGGGUGCUUCCCGGUCACGUGACAGGGCAAGGCGCUCCCCUUCUCUGGUUCCCCCGUUGCCUCAUCCCUACAGAGAACGAGAAACACGUCUACCUGUCAGGACUGGGCCCAGGUAAGAACAGCAGUGACCGCUGGGCUGCUCUCCAGGAAUUCCUUCUUCCUCCCAAGAGCGACAUUUCCAUUUUAAAGCGGAGGAGACGCAGUCCCAGGAGUACAGAGAGACAUGGGGGUCCACUGCUCAGGACCCUACCUACAGACCCAAGAGUGAGUGAGAUAAGGUCCUUUCUGUGCUCCCACUGGGCCAGCAAGCAGGCACGGCCUGGACGUGCAGAACGAUGCCAGAGAGGUCAUGGACUUGCAGGCGCCGUGGAAGUGCUGUGCGAGCAGUGCAUCGUUGGUGCCCAGGACUACAGGUCCACCCAGACAAAUGUGGCUGAGGCUGGUUUAAUGGCAUGGUGGAGCAUGCGUCUAAUCCCAGCGCCGGAGGGGCAGAGGCAGGAGGGUCUCAGAGUUCGAGGGCAGCCUGGGCUACAAAGUAAGUCCAGGACAGUUGGGGCUACACAGAGAAACCCCGUCUCAAAAAAACCAAACCAAACCAAACCAAACCAAAACAAAGAGUAAGAAGUCUCCUGUC